UUGUAAUGAUAACGUAAUUUUCCGAAUUAAUUGAUGAUUUCUGAGAGAAGACAGGGAUAUUAUGCGUCGGAGACAGGAAAAUAGCUUUUCCUUCGCAUAAUUUCAUGCCGCAAAAAGUGAGGACUGCCGUCAUUAAUCGGAACAACGCAACGAUACUUCCGUCUUUUCCUAAGUUGAGGAAAAUUAGUCAAAUCAUGACGACAUUCGAUAUGUUUCUCCAGAUCAUCGAUUGCAAUUGGCGGAAAACUUCUCCAUGUCUGCCAGAAGGAUCUCGGAUGUUGAAACGUUUUGCCUGUUUCUCAUAGCAGCGCAAGCCAUCUCUGUUUCAGUUGGCAUUGGGAGGAGCCAGAAAAUCGUCGGGGGUGUAGAUGUCAGUGACGCUGAGUACCCAUUCCUGGUGGGAAUAGACACCGAUGACUCCUUCUGCAGCGGUUCCAUCAUAUCGAGGAGAUACGUCCUUACGGCUGCUCAUUGUGUUCAUAAACUUACAAAAUCAGAUAUUCCUCAUGUUUUCGUACGAGCAGGAAAUAUGAGGUCAAGGCAAGGUGGUGUAGCCUAUGGAGUGGACACUAUUGUUGUUCACGAGGCGUAUGAAGACUCUGGAAGUUUUCCGCAUGAUAUUGCAAUCAUAAAGACCAAUAAAUCCAUAAAAUUCGAUCGCUACACGCAGCCAAUUUCCGUGUCGGAAUCGGUGCCCCGGGUGUCAAGUAAAGUGACUGCCGUUGGGUGGGGGCGAAUAGCUCCGGAGAAUCGUGUUCCACCUGUGAAGCCCCAGGAAAUGGAUAGAACAGUAAUGUCACGAAAAAGCUGUGCCAAAGCCCACAGACCAGAUCCCAUCAACAGAACUCACAUUUGCGUUAUGGGAAGUAAAAAACUCGGAAUCUGCGCUGGAGAUAGUGGAGGUCCUCUAGUUUUUGAUAAUUUACUUGUGGGAAUUACGUCCUUCAGCGGUCCCUCCUGCGCGGAGGGGAUACCGGAUGUCUUCACUAGUGUCCCUUAUCAUCUCGAGUGGAUUGAUAAUACGAUCCACCUACUGGAACAAAAAUGAUCCUUGUAAUUAUUAUUAAUCAUAACUCGUCAUACUUUUUAUACUGAAUUUAUAUAUACAUAGAUAUAUUUAUUUUCCUUCGUACAUAAAUCACUUUUUUUGUACUUACUUGAUUCAU